UUGGGUUGUCAAAAAACCCAUACGAUGCCUGUGUUGUGAUCAUCUCGUCGCCCUUGAUUGUCAAGACCUACCACUCAGAAUCUCGUCAUUUCCAGAUUUCAGAUACUGGGAUUCUCUAACCCACCCAGGAGAGAGAGAAACUUGGUAUCAAGUGGGGCGGAUUUCUCUUCGGCAUUAAACAGUUGGCGCCUUACCACCACGGAAGAAUCACGUGAUCAAUUGAACCAUGGCAACAGCGAACGGGAGAGAGAUUUUUAAAUAUUUUGUUUGUGUAACCGGUCCACACGUGCAUUUUUCCAACCGACUCGUAAAACGGACGUUCACCUCCGCCAAUAGAUAAGUAGCGAAAUAAAAAAAAUGCUACGCUUUUCAUUACAAACAUUGGGUGACGACGCAUAAAACGUGCUGUUAUUGUUUUGAACUGUUUAAUCCAUCAAAACUCGUGUCAAACUUGUUUUGAUUUCUUCGCAUCAUGGCGGAAUCUGUAGUAUCUUUUGAUUACUAGCCGAAACUGAAACGAGACAUGUUAGUAGUAGCCUGUUUCGCUUUUCUUGUUUUUUCGUCCAGGUUUUUCGUUGUUGUUGAAAUAAUUUUCUACAGCCAAGAAAUCCUUCAAGAAUGGGUGGGGUGCAAAACGAAAAAAUGUGGAUUUGCAUAUUUCAUAAGAUUAGCACAAGUUCUUCAGCAUUAGGGACACAAUCAAUCAAAUCCUAUUGUCAACACCUUAACUAUUAUACUAAUCUUGACUAUAAACACUAAGUCGACCUGCACGAUGUUUAACCCUACCUCGACGACGAUUGUUCUAUUGUUUCUUUGAAUGUGAUUUUUUAUUUUUUAUUUCGAGACUUUUUUGGGAUGCCUCGUGGACUUCCAAUUGAAAACUAGGAAGAAGUGGCGCGGAUGGAAAGGGAAGGGGAAAUGUCCACGCAUGUGAAACGAGUGCGGAUUGGUCGCCCUAGUAGGUUCACGUGAUCCUCUCAUGUGACGUCACUUCAACCCAGAGGGAGAACUAAAGCGAAACUUUUUCGGUAUCCCAGUAUGUCAGUUCGUCUCCCGUCUUCGGGACGCGUAGGUCGUGUGUGUGUGUAAGUGCUCGUGGUCUAUGCAGUGUCAAAAAAAGAAAAUUAACAUUUAAAAUCUGGACGCCAUUUUUUUCCCCACCGUGCGCGACACAUUUCAACAAAACACACACACACACACAACCCCCAUUUACUUAUUACUAGUCGAUAGGCCAGUGUGUGUUCGGAACAUUGUUCAUUGGUAGCAGUAUUUGAUCUCCGAGUCAAUAUUCAUGUGGAUAUCGAGAAUUGCCAAUAGGACGUGGAAGACGGGAAUUAAUGCAAGUGGAGGCGAAAAUGUAUCUUGCUGCUAGUCCUCCGCUCUUCAUCAGCCCACUAAUGGGUCCGUUAGAUGUCAGCACUGGUCGUUCUGCUUUUCGUCGUCAACCUUUUACAUCGUCUUAUCGCGUUCGCCAACCCACAACUAUCAGCUCAUUGACGAACGGGAUCAACAGUCUUGAUUUCGAUUUUAGAAAUAUGACGCUGUCACCUGCCCUAAUGAGAAGCGCAGCUGCUUCUGAAUCGAUUGGCAGGCGUAGCGUCCCUCUCGCGUCACGUCACAAUCGUAACACGUCCAUUGUCGUUAACGCUCCACUUCGAUCCUGUCUAGUUAUCCGUACUGAUGUGGAUUCAUCCUCAAAUGAACUUUCUUCGGAGCCAUCCUCGCCAGUCAGUGACGAUGCGGCCGAACCGAUGUCGCCCACCAAAACCAAGAAACAUGUCGUGUUUGCCGAUGAUAAAGGCCUUUCUCUGACGCAAGUCAAGAUGAUGACCGAGCCCAGCGAUUGCCCGCCACGAUGGACUGCCGAAUUUCUUGAACAGGUGACGGGUGGUGCAUCUGCAGAAGUAACAGCUGAUCGCUGGGAAUUGACAUUUGCCCAGCCGGCUUGCGAUUAUCUGGACUUCCGAUCGCGUCUCGACAAGCAAAAUUUGUCACUGGAGAACGUCUUAGUCCAGGAGGCGGACCAGCAAUUGAUUGGCACCGUCAAAGUCAAGAAUCUGUCGUUUUCCAAGCAAGUGACGAUCCGAGUUACAUUCGACAACUGGGCAUCACAGACGGACGUGGAGGCUACAUUCGUGCCUAGUGGACUUCAAGGUGCGACCUCUCUAGCAGCCAUCAACCUGUUCGACACCUUUUCAUUCAAAAUCUUGAUUCCAGCAGUGGUGCCAUCUAAUCGUAUCCAAUUCUGCAUCCGUUUCAAGAGCGACGCUGGUGAAUUCUGGGACAAUAACAUGGGCAAAAAUUAUGUCGUUAUCAAGCCUGUCAUUGAAUCUAUGAAGAUUGGAACAAAUCCAAGUGUAGGCGGAAACAAAUCGGGAUUCAUCAAUGGCUCGACGACAGACAGCAGGCGGUCACUUUCCGGCAAAUACUCUGAUUUGAUGUCGGCCAAUUCCAAGAUCGACUAUUGGGCCGAUUUUGCCAGCUGGAAUCAUUUAGUCAACGAUUCCCCCUAUUGGUGAAAUAACAAACCCGAAGAGCCAUUUAAAUGUUUCUUUUCUUUUUACAAACAAUUGUUUCAAGAGCGUUUGUGUUGUGUUGGCCCCCGAGACCACGGGAAAUUUCAAACUACCCAAUGGUGUUCCCGGUCGAGGAUUCCCAACGUACCUGAAAUAUCUUCACUUGAAAACAGCUCUCUGAUUCUCUUUCUUUUUCAGACACAGAAUCUUGUUCGAAGGAACUUUUUCGAGUACUUGGAAAUACCCUAGUUGUGGGGUUCCGUUUAGCCUUAGUCUCUGAAAAUUAAAGAAGAAAAAGGGAAUUUUUGCGUUAUACAAUUGUGUUAUGUUAUCGUGUGCCAAAAAAAAUUUUUUUGUUUUUUUUUAAAUUUUUUGGCUAGGAGGGUGUUAGUUGUGGUUUCGCCCUUUCAAGUUUGUAUGCUGUUUACAGUAGCCAUUUUCAUGUUUUUGUCUGAACCAUCACAAUGUCUUGUGUAUGAGAGCUGUUUGUGUGCAUGCGUGUGUGCCUGUUUUGGAAAAUCCCGAAAAUAUCUCAUCCCACCUGCCCUUGUCAUUUGUUUAUACUUUUUAUAAUGUGUGUCUGUAGAUUUUUGUUCGCCUCAAUUUUUUCUUUUGGAUGACGACGAUUUCAUUUUGGUGGUAGAUGUGUUCAAUGAAUUUGGUUUCGGAUGUAAUGGCAGAGAUGCGCUCGCCAAGAAGUGUCCGAUACGAGCUGUUUUCUGCAGCGGGCAAUAUCAACUUUACAUAUACAUUCAUAUACAUAUUAAUUGUCAUGUGUGAUCACUUUGCAAUCAACUGAUGUAUUCAUCAUCACUAUUUACAACCGUCCUCCCAUGCUCAUAUACGCGUCUGAAUGUUGCGUGCGUGUGACCAUGUUAUGAGGCUAUCAAAAUCGGGAUCAUUCUUUUUUGCUUUUUUAAAUUCAGAAAUAGAGCCUUAUUGACUAUAUGCUGUUUUCCGUGUACAAACAAAAAUCUUACAGCGAUGCGGAGCAAAAAUCUUAAUGGCAAAUCAAUUUACGUCUAUUACGAUAGCAAGCCGAUCACUGGUGUGCGUCUGUGGAUUUUUCGGAGCCGACUAUAUUUUUGUAUGUGUGUCACACAGUGCGCUAUCUGGAAUGGAUGUAGUAUAUUAUAUAUAUAUAUAUCGUUGUCAUGAUUGAUAUUGUGAUACAACAUGUUUUUCUCUCACCCUCGGGUGAAUAUGUCUUGCACAUCGUUCAGCUCGCGAUGAAUCAAAUACAGUUAUAAAUGUUU